AUGGACGCAGCGUUCAACUGGCCGCCGCUCGAGAGCAACCCAGAGGUCUUCACCAAGUACCUCCUUGCGCUCGGUCUGCCCGGCGACUGGUUUGUGAGCGAAGUCUUUGGGCUCGACGAGGACUGCCUCGGCUUUGUCCCGCGGCCGGUCGCCGCCGUCAUUGUGACGUUCGAGUCGCUCAAGAAGCUCGAGACCGACGCGCCGGAAGCAGUGACCGACUACUACAUGAAGCAGACGCCCAAGCUCGACUACGCCUGCGGCGUCAUCGCGUGCAUCCACGCCGUGCUCAACAAUCUCGACAAGCUGCAGCUGGUCGAACACUCGAUUUUGGCCAAGUUUUACGACGCGACCAAGGCGCAGACACCGGCGGACCGCGCGCUCACGCUCGAGACGAUGCGCGAGUUCCAAGAAGUUCACAAAGCGCACGCGAACGAAGGCCAGACGGACCAGGCGGCCAACGGCGACGACGUCAAGCACCACUUUAUCGCGUUUGUCCGCAACAGCCGCGGGCAAUUGGUCGAGCUCGAUGGGAUGAAGAAGAGUGCGCUGGUCGUCGACGACGCGUGCAGCGACCUCCUUCUCGGGGCCGCCAAUGUUCUCCAGGCCCGCGUCGCCGAGGGCUACUACAGCGAGAGCCUCGCGGUGCUCACGCUGAGCAAGGUCCCGCUCGACUAG